ACUCCCUUCCGCCUCAACCACGACAUGCCCGCCAGCGAGACCACGCCCCUCCUCGAGAACGGCAACGGCGUGCCCGUCCACCGUCCCUUUUCCCAGCGCCUGGUCGCCGCCAUCAAGGGGGAAGGCGAGCCCGGCUGGAUUGCCUCCUACCGACACUUCUUAUUUGGAUCCUGGUUUAAUAUCCUCCUGCUAUUCGUUCCUUUGAGCGUCAUCUCCCAUUUCCUCAAAUGGGAUGCGGCGUACAGGUUUUCUUUCAGCUUCCUGGCUAUCAUGCCGCUUGCAAAGCUCCUAGGAGAAGCGACUGAGCAGCUGUCGACGAAGCUCGGACAGACGCUCUCUGGCUUGCUCAACGCCUCGUUUGGAAAUGCCGUUGAAAUUAUCGUCGGCAUUGCAGCAUUGCUUCAAGGGGAGCUACGUAUUGUACAGACCUCUAUGCUGGGCUCCAUCCUCUCCAACAUUCUCUUGGUAUUGGGCUGCUCCUUCUUGGCAGGGGGCAUCCGUUACAAUGAAAGCACUUUCAAAGCUACUGGCGCGCAGACUGCGAGCUCCUUGAUGACUCUAUCCUGUAUAACACUCGUAAUUCCCGCAGCCUAUCACUCUGCGCAAACUCGAAACCCCAGCCCGUCGGGGUACGCCCAUCUGCUCGAGACCCUCCGCGACCCGCAGGUCACCCUCCCGGAGCUCUCGGAGGGGGGUAUGUCGGGCUUGCUCACGCUUUCGCGUGGCACGGCCCUGUUGCUCUUGGUAGUUUAUAUUUUGUAUUUGUUCUUCCAGUUAAAGACACACGCAGAUUACUUCAAAGCGGAGGAAGAGGAUGAGCCGACCGAGGCGCGCAUGAACAUGGUGGCUGCUGGCAGCGCGCUACUUUUGGUGACUGUUGUCACUUCGUUCUGCGCGGAUUACCUCGUGGCGUCCAUUGAAGAGGUCGCGGUGCGGUACCACAUCCCCAAAGCCUUCAUUGGUUUGAUCCUUCUGCCGAUCGUCGCGAACGCCGCCGAGCACGUCACAUCCGUAUGGAUGGCCAUGAAGAACAAGAUGGAGCUCACGAUCGGCAUCUGUGUCGGCAGCUCUAUCCAAAUCGCCGCCUUCGUCGUGCCCCUGCUAGUCAUCGUCGGCUGGAUCGCCGAUCGCGAAUUGACGCUCUUCUUCGCCGACUUCGAGACUAUCACGCUGUUCAUCUCGGUUAUGCUCGUGAGCCUGUUGAUCCAGGACGGCAAGUCGAAUUACAUGGAGGGGGUAAUGUUGAUCACGCUUUAUCUUAUUAUCGCGCUUGCUUUCUGGGUAUCGGACUAAGCAUUCUCAAAAUACGGCCCCCCCGCCUCUUGCACCGUCGGUAGGGUACGGACUCAGAUUCUGCUGCUAUCGAAGAUGCCGCUCUGCAGGGCCUCGUCCCUCAUCCCUCAUACAUGGAUAUCAACUCUUAUACCUCGUACUUCCGCGACCCCUGGUCUAUCCAGGCAUAGCGUAUUUAUCCUUUGGUUGUGCUCUACUGUCUGAUACACUCAUUUCUUGUUUUCUCUCUGAUUUGACUCUGUUUUCAACUGUUAAUCCAUUAUCAAUUACAUAUUGUAGUACAUAUAACACAGCACUGAUUAUGCAAAUAGCCCCGAACACAGGUGGGAGUAAGGGCGAAUAAAUAAGCAAAAGGCCUUGGAGGUUAUAUUGUAAACGAAGGGAGCAAUAUAGCCGUCAAACGGUUUAUACGAUAAGGUUCAGCUACGAGGAUAUGAGGCUGUCACCCUGCAGCUCUUCAAACUUGCGUCUCGCCAGACGGAUGUUUAGUCGAAGGGCAGCGGUUUCUAUUGUGGGAUCGUGAACGACGAUCAUCACGUACGUGUUUUUGGUCAAUUCGUCAAGCACCGCGGAAAAUUCAGACAACUCCAUCUCGAGGGCAUGAAAUUCCUGACGCAGGAAUCGGGAGCACGAGUAUUUGAAUGCUUUGAUCAGCUCAGACGUGCGCUCGUAGCGGAUUGGGUUGAGCUGGUGCGGGUCCGACUCCGCGUCCGGCUCCGCCUCAGGUUCGGGGUCGUGGAUGUCCUCCGGAAACGACGGGGAGGUGGGGG